AUUAAACACAGGAUUAAAUUAGCACCAAAUUUGUGUAUAAUUGUCGAUUAUUGAGGAAAUUGAAUUUUUAAGACAUAUUUUGUAAAAAUAUUUUAGUUCUCUAAAUUUAAUAUGGUUUAAUUUUUUUAAUGCUAACCUUUUUUUUUAUAAUAAUCGUAAGUUAACUGAAUACUACUACUAAACGAAUUAGUAUUCACUAGUACAUAAGUUAAUUUUACUUUAAUAAUAGCAGUGUUUUAUGAACUAAAGUAUUUUUCAAUUAACGGAGAUGUCAUCCAUUGAGCAGCCGUGUUAUACUUUGAUUAACAUUUCCAAUGAUGGUGAAAUGCCAAAUGAAAUGCAACUCAAAGCAGAUUUAGAAAAAGGAGAUAAUAAGACCAAAAUUGAUGCCCUUAAAAAGGUUAUACAAAUGAUUGCGAAUGGUGAGCGAUUACCUGGUUUAUUAAUGAUCAUCAUUCGAUUUGUUUUACCAUUACAAGACCAUACUAUUAAAAAGCUUCUUUUAAUAUUUUGGGAGAUUGUUCCAAAAACUACACCAGAUGGGAAAUUAUUACAAGAAAUGAUCUUAGUUUGUGAUGCAUAUAGAAAGGACUUGCAACAUCCUAAUGAAUAUUUAAGAGGCUCAACAUUACGCUUUUUAUGCAAAUUAAAAGAACCUGAGUUAUUGGAACCAUUAAUGCCAGCUAUAAGAACAUGUCUUGAACAUCGACAUUCCUAUGUAAGGCGAAAUGCUGUAUUAGCAAUAUUCACAAUAUAUAGAAAUUUUGAAUUUUUAAUUCCUGAUGCUCCUGAACUUAUUGCCAAUUUCCUUGAUAGUGAACAAGAUAUGUCUUGUAAAAGAAAUGCAUUUAUGAUGUUACUUCAUGCUGAUCAAGAGAGAGCUUUAACAUACCUUGCAUCUUGUUUGGAUCAAGUUGCUUCCUUUGGUGAUAUACUUCAACUUGUUAUUGUAGAAUUAAUUUAUAAAGUAUGUCAUGCAAAUCCAUCAGAACGAUCUCGCUUUAUAAGGUGUAUUUAUAAUUUGCUCAACUCUAGUAGUCCAGCUGUUCGUUAUGAAGCUGCUGGAACAUUAGUCACAUUAUCAAAUGCACCAACUGCAAUUAAAGCAGCAGCUUCAUGUUAUAUUGAAUUGAUUGUAAAAGAAAGCGAUAAUAAUGUUAAACUUAUAGUUUUGGACCGUUUAAUAGCUCUAAAAGAACAUCCUUCUCAUGAAAGGGUAUUACAAGAUUUAGUUAUGGAUAUUUUGAGAGUUUUAUCCAGUACAGACUUAGAAGUCAGAAAAAAAACUUUAAAUUUAGCUAUGGAUCUUGUUUCAUCACGUAAUAUUGAAGAAAUGGUAUUUGUACUAAAAAAUGAAGUUGAAAAAACUCAUAAUCUUGCUGAACAUGAAGAUACUGGUAAAUACAGACAGUUGUUAGUUCGCACUUUGCAUUCUUGUUCAAUUAAGUUCCCUGAUAUAGCUGCUACUGUUGUGCCAGUUCUCAUUGAAUUUAUAUCUGAUAGUAUAGAAUUAGCUGCAACUGACGUUAUGGUGUUUUUACGUGAAGCUAUAUUUUUGUUUGAAUCUUUACGUCCUCUUAUUAUUCAACGUUUAUUAGAAGUUUUUCAAUCUAUUAAGUCAGUAAAUGUACAUAGAGCAGCACUUUGGAUUCUUGGUGAAUUUGCUAAUUCACUAGAAGAUAUUGAAAAUACUAUUAAUCAGAUCAAUACAUCAUUGGGAGAUAUGCCUUUAAUAGAAGAUGAACUAAGAAAAUUAGCUGGAGAUUCAGAAAAUAUUGAAGAAAGUGGAAGUAGUGGAGGCACACAUUUAGUUACAUCUGAUGGAACAUAUGCUACUCAAUCAGCAUUUAUUACUCACAGUUCAUCUCGUACUAGACAGUCCAAAAGACCUCCAUUGCGUCAAUACUUAAUUGAUGGAGAUUUUUACAUUGGAGCAGCACUAGGUACAACAUUUACUAAAUUAGGGAUGAAAUAUGCUGAAAUAUGGAAUAUGGAUGAUCCUGUCAAAGCUAAUAAAUUUUGUGUCAAUUUAAUGCUUACAUUGACCUAUAUUUUAAGACUAGGAAAGUCAGGUAUUCCAACUAAAGCAAUUGGUAUUGAUGAUGAAGAUAAAAUUUUAGAAAGUAUUAAAAUACUUAAUGGUAGAAAUUCUGAUUUAGAAGAAAUUUAUACAAAAGAAUGUAGUAAAUCACUAAGUGAAAUGUUAGCAGCAAAAGAAGAUGAAGAAAGUAGCAACAAAAAAGCAAAAGAAAAACCGGGUCAUAAUGUGAAUGUGGAUGAUGCUAUAGUAUUUUUACGCAACAGUGGUAAUGGUACAGAAGGUACUGAAAAUGUUUUUGAACUUAGUCUGACACAAGCUGUAGCUGGUGGUACAUCUAUUCAUCAUAGUGGAGAUGCAUCAAAUAGUCUUUCAUCUAAUAGUAAACUUAAUAAAGUUACUCAAUUGACAGGAUUUUCAGAUCCAGUAUAUGCUGAAGCCUAUGUUCAUGUUAAUCAAUAUGAUAUAGUUUUAGAUGUGUUAAUAGUUAAUCAAACUGGUGAUACAUUACAAAACUGCACACUUGAAUUAGCCACAAUGGGAGAUUUAAAAUUAGUAGAAAAACCCCAACCAGUUGUAUUAGCACCUCAUGAUUUUUGCAAUAUUAAGGCUAGUGUCAAAGUUGCUUCAACAGAAAAUGGAAUUAUAUUUGGAAAUAUUGUGUAUGAUAUUGGUGGUGCUAUUGGAGAUCGAAAUGUAGUUGUAUUAGAUGAUAUUCGUAUAGAUAUUAUGGACUAUAUAAUGCCUGCUGCAUGCAAUGAUUCUGAAUUCCGUCAAAUGUGGACAGAAUUUGAAUGGGAAAAUAAGGUUUCUGUUACUACAAGUUUAACAGAUUUGAAUGAAUAUUUAACUCACUUGCUUAAGAGUACAAAUAUGAAAUGCUUAACCCCAGAAAAAGCUUUAUCCGGACAAUGUGGAUUUAUGGCUGCUAAUUUAUAUGCAAAAUCAAUAUUUGGUGAAGAUGCAUUGGCCAAUUUAAGUAUUGAAAAAGGUGUAGAUAAACCACAAGUCAGUGGGCAUAUAAGAAUACGAGCCAAAAGCCAGGGCAUGGCACUAAGUCUAGGUGACAAAAUCAAUAUGAUGCAAAAAAAACCUUAUAAAGCUAAUGCUGCCUAAUAUUUUUAAUGUUGAUAACAUCAAUCUAGAUUUACCUUCUUAGGUGAUUAAUAUUUUCAUUAUUAUUAUUAUUAUUAUUUUUAUUUAUACAAUUAUCAGAAUAUUUAUGUAUAAGAAAAUUAUUACAAUUGUUAAUCAUAUGCUUUACAUUUAAAAUAAUAAAGAUAUUGUUCAUUUUGGAACUCUGGGAA